GGACAUAUAAUAAUCAUCUCUGAAAAUGUCGUUGCCCUUCCUUAUGCAUCGGCCGCUUGAUGGCCCCGUAUUAGGCGUCUCCAAUCGCCUAAACAUGCGAAACGGCAGAACGAUCCCACAGUUGGGACUUGGCACGUAUCGAAUGGUUCAGAGUGAGGCUGAAACUGUGAUUGGUUACGCCAUCGGCUGUGGGUUUCGCCAUAUUGAUUGUGCUAAAGUCUACAUGAAUCAAAAGGAAAUCGGGGUUGCGUUACAGAAAUGCUUCAAAAAUAGGCUUGUUAAACGAGAAGAUAUGUUUAUAACGUCCAAGUUGUGGCCCACGGAUCAACAUCCUGAUAGUGUGGAAUCAGCCUGCCGUGAAACAUUGAGAGACCUGCAGCUAGACUAUCUGGAUAUGUACCUUAUACACUGGCCGGUAUGCUGGAGACACUCCUCCAAGUUUGAGACAGAGGAUGAUAAAUAUCCCAAAAAUUUAGAUGGGUCUCCAGCUGUAGUCGAAAAUGUGAGUCUUUCAGAUACAUGGAAAGCAAUGAGUGAAUUGGUAGAUAAGGGCAUCGUACAUUCUAUUGGGUUGUCAAAUUGUAAUGCGAUGCAUCUGAAGGAAGUAAUGGCGCAGGGCUCACUUAACGCACCUGUUCUCAAUCAAAUAGAGCUCCAUCCUGCGCUGGUUAACGAUAAAUUGAUUACCUGCCACCAGAAGAAUGGUCUGCUUACAGCUGCGUACUGCCCACUCGGCAUGCCAACGCAGACUACUCCCCCAGAAUUUACUCCCCUAACGAAUGAAAAGACAAUUAUGAUGCUCGCGGAGCAGUGUGGAUAUUCACCCCAGCGACUGUUGCUUAAUUGGAAUUUGGAUCGAAACAAUGUUGUAAUUGUUAACUCAAGUAAAAAAGAGCAUAUUAAGUCUAAUUCCAUGGCAGCAAAAUUUGCUCUUAGUGGUCCUGCGCGAGUUAUUUUGGAUGGAUACCAAGAAGUGGUGGCGAGUUUUCGUGUUUUGAAUCCAGAAAAUUUUAGACAACUCGGGAAACCAUUCUUUCCGUAGCUCAUAACUAUCCCAUAAAACACUUAAAAAAGAUUAUGUUGCUUGAAAAUGAUAUAGGGAAAUAUACUUCCGUACCAGCAAAACUCAAGUGAUGGUGCACUGCUUCAUGUGCGGUAUCCUCUAAUCGGCUUGUUACGGCUAUGACAAAAAG